AUGGCGGGCAAAGAUGCUCUAGUACUCCUAGCAGAAGAACCAACAGCAGCAAAAGUGGUAGCGCGUGCGGCGGCAGAGACGGCAGCAUCAGCUGCAGAUGUGGUAGCUCAUGCGGCGACAGAGACAGCAGCAGCACCAGCUUCUGCUGCUGCAGCGCCGCCAGGAGCCCAAGGUGGAUGCUGCCCUGGAGACUCCGCUCCAGCUGCAGUGAAUGUGGGGGAGGAGCCUCCCCAGCCUUCAGCCGCAGCAGCAGCAACGGAGGAAGCAAGUGAGUUGCAGCAUGGUAUCGCACGGGAUGCGAGCCCCAUCAAGAGCGGAGCACAGGAGACUCGGCAGCAGGCAGCAUCAGGGACAGCAGCAGCAACAAAAGCGCAACAACUGCAGCAACGCGCCCUCCAUCAUUUCUUUCCAUCUUGCCCGCCCCCGCCCUCGCCGAAGAAGGCGACGAGGAGAAACAAUCGGCAGCAGCAGCAGCAGCAGCAGCAAAACAGCGAAGAAUCGGCACCCCGAGCGGAGAGUGAGGCCGUAGAGACCACCCCUUCGAGGAGCAAAAGGAGAAGCCGUGUGCUGCUCAGUGCUGCAGCUGCCGCAGCUACAGAAGUGGCAGCAGGCGCUGCUGCUGCUGCCCAAAGCAGCAGCGUCGGUGCUGCUUUUGCCAGCGAUGCAAUUACUGAGUCAACGGGAGGUCGCGUUAAGAGGAGCCGCCGGCUCACACAGAAUAAGGAUGAUGCUGCGGCUGAGGUUGCUGUUGCUGCUGCUGCUGCACCUGAGGAGGGUGAAAAGAUGAAAAAGCAAAAACGGCUGCCUUCAGUGGAGGACACUGCCGCCGUCGACGCAAUAGAUGUGGACGACGAAGACCAGCAGGGGAAGCCGCAACAGCAGCAGCAACCGCAGGAUCAGCCGCAGCCGCAGGAGCAGCAGCAAUCUCAGGGCCACCAGCAUCAGCAGCAGUCGCAGCAGAAGCGUGGCGCCACGAGGGAUCAAGCGGCAAGGAUAGCAAAGGGGCUCAAGGGCCCUUGGAGCGAAAUAUUCGGAGCCCCUCGUAAGGCGGCUGCCACAGCGGCAGCUGCACGAGCUUCUCCCCGAGAAAGAAAAGCGAAGCCUCAGAAGUGCCCCAGUCGCUCUCCGGUCAGCAACAGCAGCAGCAGCAGCAGCAGCAAUGAGACGGCGGCACUUGAUGCGCCAUGCAGGACGGAACGGGAUAUCGAAGCGGUCCACCAACAGCAAGCGAAUCUGAUGAAACAGCAGCGGCAGCAGCGGCAGCAGCAGCUGCAGCACCAGGAACUGCAAGAGAGGCUUCGAGCACUGCAAGAGCAGCUCGCUGUGGCAGCUGUUUGCCGCCAGUGGUUAGACAGUCUGUCAGCUCCGCUGCAGUCGCAGUCUGCUGCUGCUGCACCUCACGAAAAUCUAAAGGAGCUUCUAGACGUCCCCUCUAACGAUCACCGUUUUGGCUGGGCCGCGUCCAGGAGUGUGUUGACAACCCGCUGUCGCCGCCGAGCUCGUUGUACAGUUACAGGGUGUUUGCCUCCAAGUGACUUCACAGUAGCAGCAGCAGCAGGCAUAGCGGAUGGAGAAGCAGUGAUUGGUGAGAGCCAAGUGCUGGAAGCCCUGGGUGUCUCUGUGGAAACAGCUAGUGAACGAUUCAGUCCACUGCACCCCCGCAGCUGCCAGCCGCUUGCUGGUGCAGUGAGGCAGACGCUCAGCUGUGUGCUGAAACGGCGGCAACGGCUGCUGCAGGCACAACAUCAGUUGCAGCUGCAGCACCAGCUACAGCAACAGCAACAGCAGCAGCAGCAGCAUGAAGAAGGUAGCAACCAUGAGGAGCUCAUGUACAGGCAAGAAUUUAACCAGAAAGAGGAGCGAUUGCAAGUCAAGUUGCCAGAAUGCAGAGUACAGGCUGACGAGCAGCAGCACGCGUGCCCUAUAGGCAUACAGGCUCAGCAGCAGCGGCAGAAGCAACAACAGCAAGACGAUUUCACCCAGAGUCUACAGCAGUCGGAUCAUUGCCAAGCCCAGGAAGGCGGCCAAGACCAAAAGCAGCAGCAGCAGCAGCUGGGUGAAGAAGCGGCGUUGGACUUGUCGUACUUGAGAGAGAUAUGGCCAGUGGCAUUUAACCCUGUGUCCCCUGCGGAGAUUGGUGGCCACGACGAUGCUGCUGUUUCUCUGCAUGCCCUGCUAUCCGCUGCUGCGCGCUCUUGUGCUGCUGCUGCUGCUGCUGCUGCUGGCGGUCGACAGGGCGCUGCUCCCGCCGUUGCAGCUCCACCAACAGCAAUUUGUGUGGACAUUACAGGACGGGACAGGAAAAAGCGACGUUCCUGUGCGGUUUCACUGGGAGGGGAUGAAGGGCCUCAGCCUGCACCUCCCACGCCCGGUGUUGUUGUGGUGCUGAUGCCGCCGAGGACGGGGGGCAAGGCCCUGGUGCGUCUUACUGCUUUGGCCUCUCGCUUUGCUGCAGCAGAGGAAGAAACAUUGAGGGAAGCUUCACACAUAGAGGGACUGAUGUAUUCCUUCCUUUGUCAUGCUGCGGAAACAAAAGAAAUAUCGAACCCUUCGCUUGCUGCUGCAGCAGGCAAACGUGAAGCUGCAGAUGGUGCACCUGCUGAGGCGCCCCCGCAGCCUCUUAUUCGCCUUAGCAUCUACGACUUGUGGUCACUUUCAAAGAAGCAGCUGCAGCGGCUGUUGCUGCGGCGGCGAGAGGGGGCAUUGCGGGUGAUGCAAUUUCAAGAGGGAGACGGCUCUGCUUCUGCUGCAGCAAGACUUGCUGCAGCAAAUGCAGCGUCUGCUGCUGCAGCUCCCGAUGUGUGUCUUGCCGUGUGGAGGGAGGGGGAUGAUGCUGCCUCAGCCAGAGCAGCAGCAGAGGGCCUGAUCGAAGAUGCAAUACGAGACCCUGCGCUCAAGGGCGCGUCUCGCAGCUCUGCCGCUGCGUCAAGGCCGCAGCAGCAGCGCAGCAGGGCAGCAGAUAUUCCUGAAGACGAAGCAGGAAACAGCUACAGGAACACAGUUGCCUAUGUCGAACUCUCGCGGCCUCCUAGAGAGGUGUUCAUUCAACGGCUGCUGGCCAUCGUCAGGGGAGCCCUAGCAGUACGAGUGGAUCGCCGCUUUGUAGGUUUGGUGUUAGAUGCUACAGGGCCUCUCAACGAGGAGGAGUGCCCUUCUCUUGGUGCUGCUCUGAACUGUCUCCACAUUGUUCUUCGCACCCAUCCGCACCUGCGCUACUUGCAUGCAGCAGCAGCAGCACCACCAGAAGCUGCUCCUGCUCUUUCAUCAGAAGGACUGAAUGCGGACACGGUCUGCACGGCAGCGACAGCAGAUGCAGCCACCUUGCUGCCUUACGAGGAGCCGCCGUGGGACGAGUCGGUCUCGGAGCGCGAGCUGAGGUGGCAGAAGCAGGAGUUGCUACUGCGGCAUUUCGUGAUUCCUCCUCUAGAGAAGCCCCUUGAGCUGCCUUGGGACCUCGCAGAGGCUCCGUUGAUGCCGGCAUGGCGGCUGCAGCGGGGCGGCAAACAGCAGCAGCUAUUGCUCUUCUCACUGCUAAACGCUCAAGUAGGAGACAUCUUAGUGGCCCCUUUGCAUGCCCUGGAUCUGCUGUUCUGCAAGAUGAUGGCUUCGCGUGAUGCACGCGGAGCCCUUGCAGGAACCACUAGCGAGCAGGCUGAGAUGCUAAGGGAACAGUCGAUAUGCAACAUUGAUCUUAUUCUGCGCGCGUACCUAUCUGCGGCAAAAAUGCUCAAGUGGGAGGAGACGACACGGGGACCUCUAGCUGACGUGAAUGAUGAAGCGCUCUGUGUUUUGGAGCUAGAAAAAGCAGACAAGACUUUCUCAGGCGGUUCCUACUCACAUUGUACAGAUGUAGAGACGCUUUGCGCAGCUGUGUCAAAGACAUCCCCACUAUGUCUGGCUCCCCUGGCUUCCCCCGCAGCUGCAUUAGCCUGCGAGCUUGUGGGGGAAUUGACGCUGGGUUCUGUGGCCAUGCUGCAGCACGGGGACCUCCCUGGGGCCCUCGAGUGCCCGGAGAGCGGUUCGGCUGCUGCCAUGCUGCAGUGCAGGCGAAUGCGGUCCCUUGCGUUGCAGCAGCGGCAGAUGACGCGCAGGCGCAUGCAGAAAGCGGCGGAAGGGCCCCAGAGGGCCGUGUUGCUAGCCCAGAGACUGACAGCCUUGGCACUCAGUAAUUUUGCCCAUAGUUGCAGCACCCGACUGCCCUCAGCCGUUGCCGCCUCCAGCGGAAAACGCGCAGACUUCGUGGAGAUUGUAGACGCAGAUGACGCGGGCAGCGAGAGCAGCAUGGACACACCAAAUGGCGUAGACGUUGAAGAGAGUAGCUGUGAGGAGGCUGCAGUUCCACCAGCUGCCGGCUCGACGGGAGUAGAGCUUGACGUCAUGGAGGCACUCAACGGCUACGGUACAUUGGGGGUAUUAUCUUUUGCCUCAGUCAGCACCAUCCUGCACGGGGGUGACGAGCUGCGGCAGUCUUUGCUGGAGCGCGCAGCGGAAAUGCAAAAGAAGACCAUAGGGAAAGGCAAAGUAACUAGAGGGGGCAGAAACAAAGGGAUCGCUCUCGACCCACAGGGUGCUCGUGACGGCGGUGGGUGGAGUGCAGAUCCUCUGCUGUCCACUGCACACGCUUCAAUUCUGGUCCUUGUCAUGCGGCCUCUGGGAACUUGGUUUGCUCUAUAUGCGAUAAGCAUUCACCUUCCACGAGAAACGGCGACAGCAAAAGCUCUACUUGAGUUCGCAUACAGAGAUAGGAGCCCCAGACUCCGCAGCGUUCAGCUGUCAAGCCAAGAGUUUCUGCUGUUGGCAACAAUAUUAAGUACGCUGAGGACGUACCAGAAGUAUCUUCACGUCUCACAACAUCUCACCGGCUGUAACAAUGCAACUGGAUGGGGACAUCUAACCGUGGGAGAGUGCUGCUUCGUCUUAUAUGCGAGACCGAAAGUCUUGCAGUCAUUCGCGAAGCGUCGGGGGUCACAUACAAAGACUAAUACACACAUGCGCACCAGGGGGACACAACCAUCAGGUAGACGGUAG